AUGUUAGAAACAAUUUUAUUUGCUAUUUUUAUUUGGUCAUUAAUAAUUUUAAAAAUUAUUUUCCGUUCCACCCCACAAGAAACCCAAACCAAUAACUUCACCCAAAUCAAUAGCCACACCCACACCAAUAACGACACCCACACCAACAACGAAACCCAAGCCAACAAUAACACCCACACCAAUAACCACACCCACAUCAAUAACCACAAAAUUAAUGAAACCACAAAUUCUACCCCAAUCGAUCAAUCCCCAAAAGAAAAUAAUAAAUAUGAUAGUACCUCAACAUUCCAUUAUUCCGCAUACAGAAACAUGUAUUGUUGUUCCGAAUAUCAUAAUAGUAGAGAAAAUUCUGGUCGUUCCGCAGUAGUUCAAGAAAUUUUAAGUCAUUCCCCAAAAAAAUUUCUUGAAAAACUCCAUGCCUCAAAGGAACCAUCACAACCAGAAAAUGUAUUUCCAUAUUCACCAUUCGACCAUACCAGAGAAAGAAUGGAAAAAGAAAAUAUGGAAAUAUUAAAAAAGGAACAACAAAAAGAAAAUGAAUAUAUGGAGCAAUUAAAAAGAGAAACCCAAGUAAAAGAACGUAUUGAAAAAUUACAAAAAGAAAGAAAAGAAAGAGAAUAUAGAGAAUCUUUGGAAAUACAAAGAUUAAAAAAAGAAAGACUAGAAAAAGAAAUUAUAGAACGUAGAGAAGCUAAGGAAAAGCAAAGAAAAGAAAAAGAAAGAGAAAAAAAAGAAAAAGAACAAAAAGAAAGAGAACAGAAAGAAAGAGAAGAAUUAGGACGUACCCAAACAAUAUUAAAAGAAACAUUAGAAAGAGCUAUGGAAAGGGUACGUUUAGAAGAUUUAGAAAGACAAAGAUUGGAAAGAGAAAGAGAAAGAGAAGAAAGAGAAAGAGAACAACAAUUAAGAGAACAACAAGAGAGAGAAGAAAGAGAAAAUCAAGAAAGAGAACAACAGCAACAAAGAGAACAACAAGAAAGAGAAGAAGCAGAACGUAGAGAAAACGAAAAUACUUGCACUAUUUGCAUCGAAAGAAUUGAACCAAGCCAACUUGCAGCAAUCGAUUGUAACCACAUGUUUUGUUUCGAUUGCAUUAUGGAAAUGUCUUAUCGUCGUAAUAACACAUGUCCAAAUUGUAGAGCUCCAUUCUAUUUGGUUAGAAGAGUCAAUCAAGCAAAUGGUUCAACAAACGAAUCCGACAUAGAGCAAGGUGAUCAAAGUCCACAAAUUUAA